CUCUGCUCUGCUUGAAUAGAAUCUUCCAGAGUGGAGUAGAGAAUGGCUGUUGAACAUCCUCAAGGCACCUGCAAGGAAUCUGUGAUAUUCAAGGAUGUGUGCGUCAACUUCUCUCUUGAGGAGUGGGAAUGCCUGGACUCGACUCAAAGGAAUUUGUACAGAUGCGUAAUGUUGGAGAAUUACAGCAACCUGGUCUCAGUCGGACUUUCCAUUCCCAAGCCAGACGUGAUCUCUUUAUUGGAGCAAGGCAAGGAGCCUUGGGGUGUUUUUGACAGUGAAAUGACAAGGGGCCUGAACCAAGACUGUGGAUCUAGGUGUGAAACUAAGGAAUUCUCUUCGAAGAAGGACAUUUAUGGAAUAGAAUCAUGUCCGUGGUUUUCAUUGGGACAUCUUACAAAACAUGGACUUGACAGUUCUUAUUAUAGAGAUGAUUGGGAAUGGAAAAGAAAGACUGAGCAAAAACAAAGAUCUCAUGAAAAGAAAUUUAAUCAAGUUAUUUUCAGCAAUGCAAAUAUACACACGUUCAGUCAGCACACAUCUCUUCUUACUCCAUAUAAAAAAACUUAUAUUGAGAAAGCCUGUGAAUAUAAGGACAAUGAGAAAUCGUUUGUGCCUGACUUGCAACUAACUGCACAGCAGAGAAUUGAUACCCGCAAGAAAUUCAGUAGAUCUAAGGAAUAUGGAAAGGCCACUAGUCGAGGUUUAGAACACACUCAGCAUCAGAUCAUGCUUCCUGGUGAAUCCUCUGAACAUAAGGAAUGUGAUAGGGCCUUAGACUGUGUACAAAGUCAGGGCAUUGAUAGCAAGAAGAAAAUAUAUGAGUGUCAAGAAUGUGGAAAAGCCUUUAGUACUAGUUCAAUAUUUAAAUCCCAUCAGAAGAUUCACACAUGUGAGAAGUCCUAUCAAUGCAAGUUAUGCGGAAAAGCCUUUAGUAGUAAGUCAGCCAUUAUUCUGCAUCAGAAAAUUCACACUGGUGAGAAACCAUUUGUGUGUAAGGAAUGUGGAAAGGCGUUUCGUAGCAGUUCCAUACUUACAGAACAUCAGAGAAUUCACACUGGUGAGAAACCUUAUCUAUGUAGAGAGUGUGGCAAAGCUUUUUAUUAUUCCUCUGAUCUUAAAAGACAUCAGAGAAUCCAUACAGGUGAAAAACCCUAUGAAUGUAAGGAAUGUGGCAAGGCUUUUAAGAGUGCAUCAUAUUUUUUUAUACAUCAUAGAAUUCAUACUGGUGAGAAACCCUAUGAAUGUGAAAAAUGUGCUAAGACAUUUAGAAGUAGUUCAGCCCUCAAUCGACAUCAGCGAGUUCAUACUGGUGAAAAACCCUAUGUCUGUAAGGAUUGUGAAAAGGCCUUUUGCAGCAGUUCAAAACUUAUAGAACAUCAGAGAAUUCACACAGGUGAGAAACCAUAUGUGUGUAAAGAAUGCGGAAAGGCUUUUUAUUACUCUUCAGGCCUUAGCCAACAUUGUGGAACUCACAUGGGUGAGAAACCCUAUAAGUGUAAGGAAUGUGGGAAAACUUUUAGUAGUAGCUCAGCCAUUGUCCGGCAUAAGAGAAUUCAUACUGGUGAGAAACCCUUUGAAUGUAAGGAAUGUAGAAAGGCCUUUCAUCUUUCUGCAGACCUUUCUCAACAUCAGAGAAUUCAUAAGGGUGAGAAACUCUAUGAAUGCCAUGAAUGCGGGAAGGUUUUUGUACGUAGUUCAAAUCUUAAUCAGCAUCAAAAAGGUCAUGCCAGUAAGAAACUCGGGCUGAGACUUCAGAACGCCCCCGCUCUGCUCUCUGGGGCUCCUGGCCACAAUACACGUCCCAAAAGUCCCCGCAGCGCAAAAAAGCUGCCCGCUAGAGCGCGAGCGGAGGGACCGCAUCACAACUCGGACUGGUCCCCUAGGGGAGUGAUUCGCUGGAGUCGGCGGAGGACCGGCAGGUCGCAGCUGGUAGCUCUGGAGGUUUACGGUCAGAACAAGUUGGGCAGCGCGGCGGCGGAAGGAGCUCAGGCUGUCGAACUGUGCAGGGACAGGUGGGACCUGGCAGGACACCGGGGAAGCAUGCCCCAUAGGUUAGUGUUGUUCACGGAUGUGGCCAUAGACUUCUCUCAGGAGGAGUGGGAGUGCCUGGACUUGCAGCAGAAGGAUUUGUACAGAGAUGUGAUGUUGGAGAACUACAGCAACCUGGUCUCACUGGCAGGAUUUUCCAUUUCUAAACCGGAUGUGCUCUCCUUACUGGAGCAAGGGAAAGAGCCUUGGAAGGUUGUGCAGGAUGUGACGAGUGGUCAGAGCCCAGAGUGGGAAUCCAGGUGUGAAACCAGGAAGCUGUCUUCAAAAGGAGAAAUUUAUGAACUAGAAGAAUCUCAGUGGGAGAUAAUAGAACAACUUACAAGCCAUAAGUACAAGUGCAAAAGUUUUCAAGAUAAUCGGGAAUGCAGAGACCAGUUUGAAAGCCAAUUAGGAAAUAAAGAAGGACUUUUUAGACGACUAGUAAUCUAUGAAGAAAUGCCUGAUUUUAGUCAGACCACAUCCCUGACGUUACACCAGAGAUUUCAUUCAACUGAGAAAUGCUGUGAAUGUGAAGCAUGCAGAAAAUACUUUAUCCAUGGCUUUCAACAGAGUGACUAUCAGAAAAAUCAUUCUGAUGAAAAAUUCUAUGAAUGUGAAGAAUGUGGAAAGGCCUUUAUACAAGGCACACAACUUACUUACCAUCAGAGGAUUCAUGUUGCUAAGAAAACUUAUGAAUGUAAAGAUUGUGAGAAAGCCUUUAUUUGUGCUUCGCAACUUACUUAUCAUCAAAGAAUUCACACUGGAGAGAAACCUUAUGAAUGUAAAGAAUGUGGGAAGGCCUUUAUUCGUAGUUCUCAUCUUACUCAGCAUCAAAGAAUUCAUACUGGUGAAAGACCCUAUGAAUGUAACGAAUGUGGGAAGGCCUUUUUUCAGGGAUCACAGCUUACUUACCAUCAGAGAGUUCAUACUGCAGAGAAACCCUAUCAAUGUAAGGAAUGUGGAAAGGCUUUUAUUCGUGGCUCUCAACUUACUGAACAUCAGAGAAUUCAUACUGGUGAGAAACCCUAUGAAUGUAAGAAAUGUGGGAAAGCCUUUAGUUAUGGUUCACAGCUUACUCUACAUCAUAGACUUCAUACUGGUGAAAAACCCUAUAAAUGCAAAGAUUGUGAUAUGUCCUUUAUUCGUGGCUCACAACUUACUGAACAUCAGAGAAUCCAUACAGGUAAGAAACCACAUGAAUGUAAGCAAUGUGGAAAGGCCUUUAACUAUGGCUCACAGCUUAUUCGACAUCAGAGGAUUCAUACUGGUGAGAAACCUUAUGAAUGUCAACAAUGUGGGAAAUCAUUUAUUCGUGGCUCACAACUUAUUGAACAUCAAAAAAUUCACACGGGUGAAAAACCCUUUGAAUGUAAGGAAUGCGGGAAAGCCUUUAUUCGUGGCUCACAUCUUACCCAGCAUCAGAGGAUUCAUACUGGUGAAAAACCCUAUGAAUGUAAACAAUGUGGGAAGGCCUUUAUUUAUGGCUCACAGCUUUCUCAACAUCAGAGAAUUCAUACAGGUGAGAAUCCCUAUGAAUGUAAGCAAUGUGGGAAGAUCUUUAUUUGUGCCUCACAGCUUAAUCUACAUCAGAUUUUUCAUACUGGUAGAAAACCAUAUGAAUGUAAGGAAUGUGGUAAGACUUUUAUUCGUGGCUCACAACUAACUUACCAUCAAAGAGUUCAUACUGGUGAGAAGCCAUAUGAAUGUAGUGAAUGUGGGAAGGCCUUUAUUCGUGGUUCACAUCUUACUCAGCAUCAGAGAAUUCAUACUGGUGAAAAACCAUACAAAUGUAAUGAAUGCGGGAAGGCCUUUAAUCGUGGAUCACAACUUACUCAACAUCAGAGAAUUCAUUCUGGUGAGAAGCCGUAUAAAUGUAAUGAAUGUAGUAAGAACUUUAGACGUCAUUCACACCUUACUCAACAUCAAAAACUUCAUGAUGGAGAAAAACUAUAUGAAAAAAAUAAUUUAGUAAAUCCUUUACCUGUUUGUCCAUGACAUUCAGUUUUGGAAUAUCAGAAAGUUCAGAUUAUCAAUGUGGGAAUCCUUUUUCACUUUCACUCAUAAGUAACUCACCUUCAGAGAAUCCACAGUGAAGAAAGGCUAGAUUAACAUAAAUGCAGAAAAAAUAAAUGCAGAAUUACUUUCCCUCA